CGCGGAUCUGUCAGCGGCAGUUCUGUAGUGCGGCGUAGAGGCGUCACGGCGUUGAUUAUGACAGAGAACUAUGGAGAAAAAUGGAAACGUCGCGGGCUGAGUUUACCCAGCACAGUGUCAGGGAUUCAGACUGGACGUAAGAGCCUCACGGCCGCUCGGUUAUCCUGAAGAUUUUGGGGAUAUUAUCGGACUAACAAAGCACAGAUGUAACGGAAAUCUUUGUCAUCCUGAGAAAAUUAAAGACUCGGGGGGGCCUGAAUAAUUUACUCCGACGUAGAAAUUUAGCUCGCGAGGAGCGCUACGCUUCCUGUGACAUUUCGUUAAUGUUUUCCUAUGUUUUCGUGUUGGAAUAAUCUGAUAAAGCAGCAUGUUUUAUGGUUAUAUUCAGCGUGACAGUGUUUUCAUGUUUUCGUUAGCACUUAGCUAACUUGCUAGCUUCCAGGCAGGGUUAGCUUUGUUGCUAAAAUUGCACAAAAGCCUUUUAAGAUGCGAACAAAAAGACACGUUUUCGAUUUCUUUACAAAAUAAAUCAACCGAAAGCCCAUGUCAAUAAAUAUUUAAUUAAAAAAUAAGUUUUGUAACUAUUUUUUUUAACUUGCGGUGGUUUUGUUGUCUUUAACGAGCAAAAAACUGUCUAUAAUCCUUUAGCUGAAUCCGUUUUGCUCUUAAACUUUAUUUGAAUGUGGUUUGAAUACAGUUCAGUAGGUCUGGAUUUAAGGAGAGGUAGUGAUAAAUUACAGAAUUGAAGAAACUAUGGCCACCCUUUAAACCCAGCAGGAGAAAAUGAUUUCCCUUCAAGCUAGUCUCAGUUAUCUGGCUCCCGCCUUGCUUUUCACGUAGGACACUCGUCAGAGACUUGAACGGUUGAGACGCACACAAAGAAAGUUCAUGGCAUAACAAGACAUUGUUUUGGCUCCAACAAGAGGGACAAAGAUAUACGGGUGCACCACCCACGUUUCCAGCCGUUCAUCUCCAGCCAUCCUGGCUCAGAGGAGAGGAUGGGCAGCCAGGGGAGCCCAGUGAAAAGCUACGACUACCUGCUCAAGUUCCUCCUGGUGGGAGACAGCGACGUGGGCAAAGGAGAGAUCCUGGACAGCCUGCAGGAUGGAUCUGCAGAGUCCCCUUAUGCCUACAGCAGCGGCAUCGACUACAAAACCACCACCAUCCUCUUGGACGGCAGGAGAGUGAAGCUGGAGCUGUGGGACACGUCUGGUCAGGGGAGGUUCUGCACCAUCUUUCGCUCGUACUCCCGUGGGGCGCAGGGGAUCCUCCUGGUUUAUGACAUCACCAACCGCUGGUCGUUUGACGGCAUUGACAGGUGGAUCAGAGAGAUCGAUGAGCAUGCUCCAGGUGUGCCUCGGAUCCUGGUCGGUAACCGCCUCCAUCUGGCCUUCAAACGUCAAGUCCCCACCGAGCAGGCGAGGGCGUACGCCGAGAAGAACGGCAUGACCUUCUUCGAGGUGAGCCCCCUGUGCAACUUCAACGUCAUCGAGUCCUUCACGGAGCUUUCGCGCAUCGUCCUGAUGAGGCACGGCAUGGAGAAGUUCUGGAGGCCCAACAGAGUGUUCAGCCUGCAGGACCUCUGCUGCCGGGCCAUCGUCUCGUGCACGCCCGUCCACCUCAUCGACAAGCUGCCGCUCCCCGUCGCCAUCAAGUCCCACCUCAAGUCCUUCUCCAUGGCCAACGGCAUGAACGCCGUCAUGAUGCACGGACGCUCUUACUCGCUGGCCAACCCGGCCGGCGGCUCCAAGGGCAACAGCCUGAAGCGCUCCAAGUCCAUCCGUCCGCCCCAGAGCCCGCCGCAGAACUGCACCCGCAGCAACUGCAAGAUCUCCUAAUGCGCCAUAGCGACAGGGUGAAGGGGGAGGGGUUUAAGCCAAGGGGGUGGUCCUGACUCCUCCUGAAAGCACAUGGACAGGAGCGGGUGGAGAGGGGCACUACGCCUGAUUUUCACUACAUCUGGGAGAAGUAGAGGUCAGCUGUACGUCAGCCGCUGCUCCUCCCCCUCAUUUCAGAUUUACAGACCGAUAAGCUACGACAGAAACUCUGAGCCGCGGCGUUUGCACCUGUGAGCCGCGGCGUUUGCACCUGUGAGCCGCGGCGUUUGCACCUGUGAGCGACCUGACCACGCAGCCCCGUCCCGCUGUGCCUUCACGUUCCUUCCAGCUCAGCGUCAUUUCAGAGUGAAACGCUCCGCGGAGCUGCACACUUGCUUGGGGGAAAGGCAGAGAUGCCCGUUGCCAUGGAAACCCUGCAAAAAAUAGUCUUUCUAUUUGAGGUGCCCUCAUCUUUUCUGAACUUUAAUUGAAUUCCACACGCCGUCAGCGGAGGUGAGCGCCGAUCGGCCGGGCCUCUGUGGUUUUCAAAGGUCAGUCUGCAGUUUGCACGCAGGAAUUCUGGGAACGCCUCAGCCGCUCCCGCGUGUCGGACAAUCUUCUGCUGCAGAUGAAUUAUUUGGUGCUGCGGGGGGGGGCUUGCGGCUCCAAAUAGACUCAUCUGUCUUUGUUUGGAUGAAUAAGUGAUGUGCUUUUCCUUUGCUUUUCAUCUGUCAGGUUAUUUACCCACAAUGCACCUGUGUGUUCCAAAGCACGAUGAGCCUGAAAGAUUUCCGUUUGUAUAAAUCCCUGAGAACAUUUCUUAGUUUGGUUUAAGGAAGAGGACGCUCCUCCUGCAGAACCGGCAGCUUAACUCGACCUUUGACGCUUUUCUGAUGCCAAACAAGCCGCCGCCGCUCGAUUACCUGCAUCUAUGAUCUACCUGCAGUUACUGCCCCUCCCCCCCAGCAUUCACGCCAUCGUCUGACUGCGCCCCGGAUCUCCCCGGAGACCAACUGCAGCUCCGCUCUGCCUCUGAUCUGCUCCUCCGCGUGCCGUCCCAUGAUUCAUAGCUGCUGAAUAAUAGAUGCUUCUUUCAUGGACCUCCGUAGGGUUUCAUCUUCAUCUCUACUGGCUGCUCUUUCAUCCUCCUCCUCUCACUGCCGUCUUUUCCUGUUUGUUUGUAAAAACGUCACGCUUCUUUCCUUUCCCUACGUGUUUGUUUCUCCUCAGAUGGAAACAUCUGAGUCGUUGUUUUCGUUUUUUUUUCUGGACUCUGCAUUUCAUUCCUCCAUAAAGCAGCUGCUGUGAUCCUCUUCCUCGGGGAUCUCGUGUUCAGACUUAAUCACUUUAAAUAACUCAGAGAUCAAAUUAUCAAGUCCUUCUGUUUUGGUUAGCUUUCUUAAAUCGACGGCGGAAACGUUUCUCACAGAUUUCUAGGAAAAACCUGAAAAAUGGAUUCAGUUUCACGUGGGGAUGGAAAUUCCCUAAAGAUGAUGAUUUUCAUUCCAGAUUUUUUGCAAACUAUAUAUGAAAGUGAGUUUUUUUUUAAAAUACCGUCAUUCAUGUAAGAUAACCUAAAACGCCAGAUGCCAUCUUUUCACUGUUUUAGUCGUACAACAGCGCCGUGCUCGAGUUAGAGCUCAACCUGACACGUUACCAGACGGUUCAGGAUAAGGGUUCCUGCAGAAUCCCUCCUCUUCAUCGUCUUCCGCUUCAUCUCUGUCAGAUCCCAGCAAGGCUGAGCAAUCAGAAGCUGAAAGCUGACAGUGUUCUUCUGAUGUCAAAGAGGAAGGCGACAGAGGCGCUGCCGCUCAGCUUCAUCUGUCAUGAAGCUCUCUGGAGUCUGACCUGCCAUGGCGGCAGCGCUACAGCCCAAGCCGUGAAACUCCUGCAGCCGAAGGGCGCCUCCUGCAGCCAAGGGUCGCCUCCUGCAGCUGCGGGUCGCCUCCCGCAGCCGCAGGUCGCCUCCCGCAGCCGCGGGUCGCCUCCCGCAGCCGCGGGUCGCAUCCCGCAGCCGAGGGUCGCAUCCCGCAGCCGAGGGUCGCAUCCCGCAGCCGAGGGUCGCCUCCCGCAGCCACGGGUCGCAUCCCGCAGCCGAGGGUCGCAUCCCGCAGCCGAGGGUCGCAUCCCGCAGCCGAGGGUCGCAUCCCGCAGCCGAGGGUCGCCUCCCGCAGCCAAGGGUCGCCUCCCGCAGCCGCGGGUCGCCUCCCGCAGCCGCGGGUCGCAUCCCGCAGCCGAGGGUCGCAUCCCGCAGCCGAGGGUCGCAUCCCGCAGCCGAGGGUCGCCUCCCGCAGCCACGGGUCGCAUCCCGCAGCCGAGGGUCGCAUCCCGCAGCCGAGGGUCGCAUCCCGCAGCCGAGGGUCGCAUCCCGCAGCCGAGGGUCGCCUCCCGCAGCCAAGGGUCGCCUCCUGCAGCCAAGGGUCGCCUCCUGCAGCCGCGGGUCGCCUCCCGCAGCCGCAGGUCGCCUCCCGCAGCCAAAGGUCGCCUCCCGCAGCCGCAGGUCGCCUCCCGCAGCCAAAGGUCGCCUCCCGCAGCCGCGGGUCGCCUCCUGCAGCCGCAGGUCACCUCCUGCGGCCAAAGGUCGCCUCCCGCAGCUGAAGCUCGUCUUCUUUUUAGAACAACAGUCCUAAUUGCAAACAGUGUUCAGUGAAGAAGCAGCUACCAGCUUCACUUCUUCUUUCUUCUGCUUCAUUAGUUGAUUUUCUCCCAAAUUUAAGAAACACUAAACUUUGAACAGGAUUCUGGGAAUUUUGACCUCUGAAUUUGCCUCUUCGUUGAAGCGACUUCUUUGACACUAAUCCUGUUUCUCCUUUGGUUGAAGCUGCUGAAUGAUCUGAUGUGCGUGUGUGCGUGCGCACGUUAGUGUUCUUUUUUAAAUUAUUGAUUGUAAAGUUGAUGGUGAUGAAGAGACUUUUUCACAAUAAAAGUAUUGAAUGUUA